AUGGAACCUACUUUUCCUCUACUACAACUACCCGAGAAUGCUAUCAUCACUGUUCUCAAAAACCUGGGUUUGGGACAAUUGUUCAUCAUCUCCCUUGUCUCGUCGAAAACUAAGAAUCUCGUGACAUCAUUGGGAUUAAGAGCCGAUUGUGUUGGCAUCAUCAUUACAAGUAUCAUUUCUAUAUCUGUAGACGUUGGGAGAGACCGCUUCCAUUUGACCAUUUUCAAUAAUUCGAAUGAUGAAAAUGGAGAAUUACCCGCAGACAUAACUCUCCCAGUUUCUGCGAAUUUUUAUUUUGAAGACACUAAAAUGCAAUUAACAACCCAAUUAUUCAACUUCAGCAAUUGGUUGAAUCACGUUCAAGCAAUGUUCUGUUGGAUUAAGCCACCGAAUGUUUAUUUUGGUCGAGGCUGUGAGAUAUUUAAGGUUCAGUCGUUGAAAGAUGCAAUUGGAGAUGUCAACGAUCUCUAUGUGUCUGGACGAUUGACGGAUGUUAUGAGCAGAGAAGUUUUGAAACAAUUUAAUACUCCCAACAUAUUAUAUCUGAACAAGAAUCCAUUCGAAGAUGUCUCAGAAAUUCAAAAAUUCUUCAUUCAAAACCGGAAAACUAUUAUAUUUGAUGACGUUUACUCAUUGGAUGAUAUGUUAUUGGUCAAUAGCAAACGAGCCGAACUCUCCCAUCCAAUAUCGCAGAAACAAUUCAAUCAAUUCCUCAAACAAUGGAUCCGUGGCUCAAAUCCAAGACUGCAAGACAUGUCUCUAUCAAUCCAUAAAAUUGAUUUUGACAGUGGAGAAGUUUAUUUGAAUGGGAUCCGAUGCACUACUAUGGAAGAAGUAGCGAAACAAGAAAUCAUUGAAAACCACAGACUACCAAUUGCUGAUAUGGCACAAAUCAGACGGAAUGACGGUACAACUGCAGUGGUUGUGACCAAAGAUUCAGAAAAUGUUUUGUUUGACUUCUCUCUUAUCUCAACAAAAACUAAGAAUCUCGUGACAUCAUUGGGCUUAAGAUCCAUUUCUGUUGAGAUCAAGUUAUGUCGUGUGAUUCGUAUAUUUGUAUGCUUCGAAAAUGCCCGAUUCCAGUUUAUUAUUUACAAUUUUUCGAAUGACCUGGAUGGGGAAUUACCCGCAGACAUUGCUCUUCCAGUUGGUGCUGCUUUCUUUGGAUGGCCAGGCCCAAUAAUUCAAUUAACAACUCCACUACUCAACUUCAACAAUUGGUUGAAUCAUAUUCGUACGGUAUUCUGUUACACUCUGCCACCGUGCAUUAGUUUUUCUCGAGGCUCUGAGAGAUUUAAUAUUGGAUUGUUGAAAGAUGCAAUUGGAAGUGUCAAUUUGCUUCUUGUGUUAGAGCAAUCAACUUAUAUCCAAUACAAGAACAUCUUGAGUCAUUUCAAUACACCCAGCAGAUUAUUUCUGGUCAGGAAUCCUUUUGAAGAAGUCUCAGAAAUUCAAAAAUUCUUCAUUCAAAACUUCCAAAGCUUUGCAUUUCAUGAUGUAUACUCAUUGGAUGACAUGUUGCUGGUCAACAGUGAAAAAAUCAAAUUCACCUGCCCAAUAUCACAGAAACAGUUCAAUCAAUUCGUCAAGCAUUGGAUCCGUGGAUCUAAUCCAAGACUGCAAUGCAUGUCUCUAUCAAUCGAUAAAAUUGAUUUUCCCAGUGGAGCAGUUUAUUUGAAGGGGAUCCAAUGCAUGGAAAUGAAUGAAGAGUCAAAACAGGAAAUCCGUGAAAACCACAGUCUCUCAGUCAAUGUCGAUAUGGUACAAGUCAGACGGAGAGACGGGACACCUGCAGUUGUUGUGACCAAAGAUUCAGAACAUGUUUUGUAUGUUCAUUUCAUUGUAUUGUAUUAA